GCUCGCUUCUUUCCCGCUCUUUAGCGCUGAGGUAAAAACAAACAAACAAACAAACAACCUGUUUUAUAGCUUUUAUUCUCUAAAUUCACUUUUCUCAAAGGUUUCCUUUUAGAAUUUUUGGGAAAUAUUGAACAAGGGAAAAUAAAAUGAAGUGUGUCAUUGAAGGCAAUGGCAUUAAAGUCUUUGGAAAAGCAGUUCAUGCUCUGUCAAGAAUUGGUGAUGAAAUAUGGUUGGAUCCACUGGAGAAAGGGCUGGCUGUAAGGACAGUAAACUCAUCUCAAUCGGCUUAUGCCUGUUUCUGCUUCACUCCUCUGUUCUUCCAGCAAUAUGUUCCUGAUCCAGACAUUCAGAAAGACUGUGAAGCAGUGAAAUGCAAGUUGAACAUAAAGUGCGUGCUUCCCCUGUUCCGCUGUGCGUCGUGGAGAGAGCGCAGUGUGGACAAAUGUGAGAUAUCCAUCAACUUCCCAAACAGCAGGGUGAUAUUUCAGUUUCACUGCAGACACGGAAUAACAAAGACCUAUAAUUUGGGAUAUCAGGAAUGCGAAGCUUUGCAGGCCGUGUUCCCAGCUCACCUCUGUCCAAAUGUGCUAAUGGCCCAGUCCAAACUUUUAGGUGAUAUUGUGGUGCAUUUCCCGGUUUCACAAGAAGAGGUCACUCUUUCCAUUUCCUGUUUUAAAGUAACCUUGAAGACCUUUUGUGAGGAAGAAAAUAACUGUAUCAAAGGCAUGAACACCGAGCUGAUGCUGCACCCAGAUGAGUUUGACUAUUUUGAGGUUGGAGAGGAUUCAGCCGUGACCUUCUGCCUCAAAGAACUGAGGGGGCUGCUGUCCUUUGCCGAAUCUUAUGGUCUACCAGUGUCUUGUCAGUUUGGUGUGGCUGGACAGCCUGUAUCCUUCACUGUAAAAGACAUGACGCUGGAGGCCCAUGUUGUGUUGUCCACCUUAACGGAUCCAAACCACGAGAGCACAUCUCAGCCUGCACCUGGGGAUGACUGUCCUGUCAACAUCCCCAAGACCUCCACAGCAGAAGUCUCCACAUGUGAAGGCCCUAUGGAGACAGAGGUGUACGUCGCUGAUGGGGAACAGGUGGCUUCCAGUCAGGGCAGUGAGGUUUUUAAUCCAAACCUUCAUAUGAGGAAGAUGAUUCAGCUUCAGACACCUGGAAAGAUCCUGCCAAAACCCAGACUGGCACCUGAAUCGGCCUUGACUACACCAGUAACACCAGCCACUUUUAAGAUCCGCUCACUGCUCUUCGGGGCUGUAUACACUGAUGUAGUGGACAGUAAAACUGCGGAUUUACCCAGUCUGGCCUGUGCCAGUGACACAGAGGAGGACGGAGGAACAGAGGAGUGACUCGGGUAACAACGUAAGCUAACCUGAUGCAGGUAACACCUACUGCAAGAAUGCAUGGACUUUACUGCAUGAUGUAGCCUACAGUAACUCAGUAGAUUAUAAAUAUAACCCACAGUGUGUUAACACAGUUCUGCUGUUUAGAUUGUUUUAAGGUUAAUAUGUUUUAAAUUUGACAUUUUCCUUAAAUAUUGCUGUCAAGGCCAUCGCUAGGUCUUGUUAGGGCACAUCUUGUAUUACUUUAAUAAUGUAAGAAAGGUGUAAGCUAGCUGUUUGCUUCUGUUUCUGUUCUUACACAAAUAUCUUUGUAAUGUAAAAACCUUUUUCAUAAGUUAAAACUGUUCUUGAAGAGAUGAAAAGAAAACUAUAAGACAAUAGUAAAGUAGGGCAAGUGGGGCACAAUCACUUUUUGUUGUACUUUUUGAGGAAUGUCUACCUAAACACACAAUUCAGAUGAGUUCGGUCACCAUGGAGAAGAUAAAUCAAACUUCAAAACAAACACAUUCUCGAGGAUUGAAGGACUCCAUGUUCUGUGUGUCCACCAAUGAGUCAGAGGAAGCUUUGACUCACUGCUUUAAAAUGUUGCUCGAGAAAUGAUUGUUAUAUAAGACUGCAGCAAUAACUUCUAUUAUACACACACCUCGCCACAUUAUCCAGAGAAUACCUUGUGCUUUGCGUGACUGUUGAAUUGAAAAAAAUAUUUCAGAUAGAAGCUUGACAAAUCAGAUCAUGUCAGAGUUCAGCUGGACAGCCGUGCAAAACAGAAUAACUUCAUUUAGCUCACCUUUUAGAGGCAUUUUGUCAUUUCAGCUCUUAAUGUGAUGGUUCGAUCAAUCGCUAUUGCAUUAGUUCAUGCUCAUAAUGUCGGGGUCACAACCAUUACUGCUGGUUUUUUUUGACUGCUGGCAAACAAAUUUAGUCUCCAGCCACUUACCGGUGAUGGUAAUGUGCGCAGUAUUUCAGGCUCUCAUGCCCUUUGUAACAAUUUACACCUCAGUUGAGCAUAAAAUUUAAGAAAACCACAAACUGUUGCAGUUACACUAUAAAAUAUAUACUGGCAUGAUGCAUGUAAAAAUGCAAAGAAAUGGAAGCCUGAAAACUGAAUUGUGUCAUUUUGUCACUUUUUACUCUUUAGGGGGAUAUAUUCUACCAAUGGUCCACAUACAGAUGACUUAUUUAAACAUCUGCUUUGAAGGAAUAGUUCAUCCAAAAAUGAUUUACUGAAAAUGUACUCAUCCCCAGGCUAUCCAAGAUGUAAAUGAGUUUGUUUCUUCAUCAGAUUUGGACAAAUGUAGCAUUCCAUCACUUGCUCACCAAUGAAUCCUCUGCAGUGAAUGGGUGCCGUCAGAAUGAGAGCUGAUAAAAACAUCACAAUAAUCCAUAAAUGAUCCACACCAGUCCAGUCCAGUCCAUCAAUUAACAUGUUGAGAAGUGAAAAGCUGCAUGUUUAUAAGAAAAAAAUCCAUCAAGAUGUUUUUAACGUUAAACUGUCACUUCUGGCCAAAUUAUGAUCCAUAAUCCAUAAUAACGCUUCCUCCAGUGAAAAAGUCCAUCACUUGUUUUCCUCUCACAUCAAAAUCCACCCACAUAUUUGUUUAGAGCUGUUUUGGCUUGUAAACGGUGUUUGAACUGUGCAUAUUUCUCUGCUGAUUCAGACCAGAUGACUUUUCAAUGGAGAAAGCAAUACUAUGGAUAGAGUAAAUACCUAAAAACCAUAUAGUUAUAUUUUUACCAUGGUAUUAAUGUGUGCUAUACGUGUGGUUUUAACGGUUUAUCAUGAUUAAUUAAAAGAAAAACUCAAAAUAAUUAAAUUUCACCAUAUAAAAAUGAGGUUGCUACAAUUUUUUACAGAUGUUACUGAUUUUGAUAAUGAACAAAAAUUUACAUCUGCAUCCUAACUCAAGCUACUACAACUAUCGCACUCCUAAGAGACAAAAAAGUAAUAUUAAUAAUAUCAGACAGCACAAACCUGUUUCUUGAUUUGAAACAAUAUUACAUGCAGAAACUAAGAAAUUUUUAAGGUAAAUUAAUGGUCUUUAACUUUGGAGCAAAAAUCUGGCUUUAAACUUGAAAGAAAUAAAGAUUGACAUUUAUUGUGAUAAUUAUCGAUAUCGACUGAUAUAAAAAAAAUUAUCGUGAUAAUUUUUUUGGCCAUAUCGCCUAGCCCUAAGUACUGGUAUUUUUAGCUGAAAGCGAUGGUUUGAAUUUGAUAACAUCUUUAUUAUUUGAAUUUUUUUUCUUAUAAACAUGCAGCUUUUCACUUCACCAGACGUUAACUGAUGGACUGGAGUGGUGAGGAUUACUUGUAGAUCAUUGUGAUGUUUUUAUCAGCUGUUUGGACUCUCAUUCUGACGGCACCCAUUCACUGCAGAGGAUCUAUGAUGAAAUGCUUUAUUUCUCCAAAUCUGUUCCCAUAAAGAAACAAACUCAUCUACAUCUUGGAUGGCCUGAGGGUGAGUCUGUCUUAAGCAAAUUUUCAUUUUUGGGUGAUCUAUUCCUUUAACAAAUUUGAAAUCACUAUAGAACUAGACCAAGAGAAAAGAGGUGGCUACUUUUCUGCAGUUGGCCUUGAAGAUUCAUCCAAGUGUGUAAUCCAGUUAAUUCAUCAGGGUGCAUAUGGCUUGUGUGAUUAGAAUAGCUACGUUGCUGAAGCAAGCAUUGGUGUCUGUGUGGGUGGUAGACAACGCUCUCCUGUAGUGUGACAUGCUAUACUUUAUCUAAAACUAUUCAUUUAAUUAUUAUACAUGCCUCUUGUGAAAGUCAUAUUAAUGGAGAGAUUACUUGCAGCAUUUGCUCUUAAAAAUACAUUUGUCACACAGCAGGGGCCUCAUUUAUAAAGCGUGCAUAUGCUCAGAUUUGAUCUUAGAGUGUGCGUACGCUUAAAUCCACGCCAACGCUCAUAUUUGUAAAAACUGGCUUUGACGUGGAAAAGUGCUUUGUCAAGGUCUGAGCAGACGUACGCACUUUUUCUUGCCAGAGUACUGCAGGUUUUUGAAAAUGUAAGCUGUUCUUGCAGCUCGCUGUUCUAAAUUAAAGAAUUUGGAUGAUGACUGGUGAUCUUUUACAUGUUAAUGACAUUAAUUAGGAGUCGUUUACAAGGCAGAGAGCUGAAACCAUUAAUUUGUGCCAAAGUUCAAGAUCAUUUGCGAUUCAUAGAUUUCACAUCUGAAAGAGACGCGUACAUGCAUUUUCUGUGUGUACAUUCAUUCUAUGAAUCACACGUACGCAUAUUUGAGAGAUGAUCGUAAGAAAAAUUUUAGGAUGGUUUGUGCGCAACAUUUUAUAAAUGAGGCUCCAGGACCGUUAAGUAAAUGUCUGAUUAUUCCUGUCCCUAAUCAGAUUGUUAUAUACAAUUACAAAUGUAUUUGUAAAAUGUUAUAUAUAAAAUAAUAAAUAAAUAAAAAUAAAUAAAUAAAUAAAUAAAAUAUAUACAGGUGCUGGUCAUAUAAUUAGAAUAUCAUCAAAAAGU